AUCAAUGAUUAUCUAAAAUUGAUUCCCUUCCUCUUCUCUUAUCCUACAGAACUUAUCGGGGAGAUUCAAGAUUAGAAGAACACUGAGUCUCUGUUGUGAUGGCAGGAAGCCGUGGAACCAUCAAGGGAUCUUCUUUCUUCAGUGCUGAAGAGGAUGCCCAGAAACUUCGAAAGGCUAUGAAGGGCUUGGGCACAGAUGAAGAUGCCAUUAUUGAAAUUGUGACCAAGAGGAAUUUGUCCCAACGACAACAAAUUGCAAUGGCCUACAAAUCCACUAUUGGCCGGGAUUUGAUUGCUGACUUGAAGUCUGAACUGAGCGGAAAUUUUGAGACGACCAUUGUUGGACUGAUGACCCCUAUCACACUGUAUGAUGUUCAGGAACUGAAGAACGCAAUGAAGGGGGCUGGGACAGAUGAAGGCUGUCUGAUAGAAAUUUUGGCUUCUCGUACAAAUGAGGAAAUCCGGCGGAUUAAUGAAACCUACAAACACCAGUAUGGAACUCACCUUGAGAAGGACAUUGUUUCUGACACAUCUUCAAUGCUCCGGAGAGUUCUGGUAUCUCUGGCAACUGGUAACCGAGAUGAGAGCCAGUAUGUCGAUGAGGGUCUUGCCCACCAAGAUGCCCAGUGCCUGUAUGAAGCUGGGGAGAACAGAUGGGGGACAGAUGAGGCCCAGUUCAUGACUAUCCUUUGUUCCAGAAACAAAACUCAUCUUCUAAGGGUAUUUGAUUGCUACAAGCAAAUCUCUGGUAAAGACAUUACAGAAAGCAUUAAAUCUGAGAUGUCAGGUGACCUUGAAGAUGCUCUACUAGCAGUAGUAAAAUGCAUAAGAAAUAGGAAUGGCUACUUUGCUGAAAGACUGUACAAAUCCAUGAAGGGUAUGGGGACUGAUGAUAAUACACUUAUUCGAGUCAUGGUGUCCCGCUGUGAACUUGACAUGAUCGAUAUUAAGGCAGAGUUCAAACGGAUGUAUGGAAAAUCUCUCUACUCCUUCAUUAAGGGAGACACUUCAGGAGACUACAGAAAAGUUCUACUCCUUUUGUGUGGCGGCGAAGACUAAGAAAUGAAUGAUCCAUGUCCCCUGCUUUUGGCAUUGCCUAUAGUUGACCUCUAAGUGAUCUCAGCCUUUAGCAAUAAUGCUUUUAUUUCUUGGAGAAUGCUUUGAUGUAAUAGAGUGUCAGUUUGAUAUUAUGCUAAACUGAGAUUUUGCCAGCUAGAAGAUCUGUUCAAAUAAGCUUUGAUAGAUUAUCAUGUCCUUGGUAGCAGGAGGAAGACUAUUCAAUAUAGGAAGUAUGAUUUUAAAAAAUCUGGUCUCUUUCUUUGUGGUCCUGGCCAAUGCUUCCUCUAAGCUGUGGAAUCUUGUGAACCACUGCAUAAACUAGCUUGCUUUGGGGCCAUUUUUCCUAAGGUAAGACAAAAAUGUGUGAGCCAGAGGCUAAAAAACUGUGAGCUAGCUCACACUAACUCAGCUUAGAGGGAACACUGGUUCUGGCUAUUCAUCUAUGCUACAGAAAGUAGCCACAAACCAGAAACUUUCCUGUUGCUCCUUUUUUUUUUUUUUGCAAUUAUUCUUUUUAUUUUCUCUCCAAAACCCCAAAAACACAAAUGAGAUACAAACAAACCCAACAGCCAUCACAACAACAAAACUAAACAAACAACAUAACAUAAAUCAGGAUGGAGAAUGCAGCCUCCAUACAUUCAAUAGUGCACAACCCUAUAUCUUUUUCACUGUUUUUUAACCCCAUUUCUCUCAACAUAUUAGCUUACUAUUCACUGAAUAAAUAGUAAGUAGAUCCUCAUACCAUUAUUUAUAUUUACAUAUCCAAUAAUUUACCUUAUUUCUGUUCUGUUCUGUUCCCAAUAUAUUUGGCAAGAGGAAGAACAAGAAAAAAACAUUCUAUGGAGAGGGGGGGACCACCCUCACCCAACUGGGAGAUCCACUACAAAGUGAGCAACCCUCUUUUGUUCUCUCUCUCUCUCUCUUCCUCUCUUUUUAUUUCUGGAGGGUUCUGUAAUUUUUAAUAGUUGGUCUAUUAAGACUUUGCACCUCGCCUCCUUACUCAUUUUUCUAUUGACAGUACUAUGGUCUUCCUUCUGAGAUGAAUAGUUCUUAUUAUGGGCUGAAUUACCCUUACAGAGAUCCUCUAUUUCUUACUCUGUAUCCAAGGACUCCAUUUCUGUUACUACCACCAAUACAUCACUUGCACCAUGUAAAAAGUCUUUUUCUCGGUUUUGUUCCAAAACCUCUUGGGGUCUCAAACUAUAGAUAACCUGUUUCAGCUCAGAACUGACUAGCUUUCCUUCUUUAAUCACUUGAGUUGUCCCAUCUACUUCCACUAUUUGAUUCUCAGCCUUCAUUUUAACAUCCAAAGGUCUUAAAGACUGGCUUAAGUCCAAAAUCUCUUCCCUAGUUCCUACUAUUUGUUCCUGUAGGCUAUCCAUUUUUAAAUGUAAUCCACCCAUCUACUCUACAUAGAUAUGCACUGUGCAAUUUGUCUCCUACCACGUUGUGGACUGUGGAUCUGAUAAAGCUGCUGGAAGACAUCUGAUCCUUGAAAGAAACACCAUAUGGUUGUACUCUGGGUAGCCGCGUUGUCAGAUUGCACAAAGUGUGUGUAAAGCAAUGUGUCCUCACUGAAAAAUCCCCUGCCUAAGAAACCCCCCUACCGGGGGCCUAUCGAGUCUUCCCACCUCAGAAGACCCCCAAAGCUAAGCGGUCCAGCACGUAUCUGCAGAGCCCUGCAGAACGUGUCCAUUCGUCAUUGCGCUGACAUCCCUGUUGCUCCUUUUGACUGCGGUUGAUUGCACUUCUUGCUAUUGAUGACAUUUUAUGGAGAUUAGGUUUGACUUUAGGAUACUUUGGAGAUCCUGUCUGCUGCAUUUUAAAAAGUUGUCCUAAGUGUUCUUUCUUACAUACUGGCCAGGCUUCAUAAAAUAUUAGUAUAUAUCAAGUUGCCAGUGAAUACAUGAAUUCUUGCCCAAUGUGUGUGUGUCUUUUUUGUCUUGAGAUGAAGAAUAACCCCCAUCCCCGGAUGGGAACAAUAAACUUAAAUUUAUUUUCAAACAUGCAAAUAAGUGCCAGGUUGUAAUAUGGAAACUAGGGGUGUGCAAGAAAAAAACCCCUCAAUAUUUUUUGGGUUCAGAUAUAUUGAACCUGAAAAACAUUGGUAUCUCUCAAUAUUCCCAAAUCCCAAUACCAGUAUGGUAUUCAGAAAAUAUUCAGGAAACCUGGAUUUUUUUGGUUCCAUUAUACUCUGUGGGUACUAUCAUAGUCAGUGGAUUCACCCAGAUUGCAAGAUCUUUAAACACCUUCAGAGACUCAUGUGGCUUAGAGAAGGCAUUUAAAGGUCCUUUUAAUUGCUGUUUAAGUUAAUCUAUCAGGUGGUCCCAAAAAACCCCAAAUGAACACCUUGGCCAUUUUGGAUGUCCUGAAAAGAACACCUUGGCCAUUUUGGAUAAACAAAGAGUUACCCAAAUUGCUAUUCAGCUGAACCAAUAUCUGAAAAAUACCAAGAAGGUAUUUUUCAAGUAUUUUUUCAGUUCAGAAAUAACUAAUGCACACCCCUAAUAGAGACAUGCGUAGUUCUACUGUGGGCUGGGGCCCUUUCCUGUUUAUGUUUAUGUGCCAGUCUCUGAUCCACAAUCUAGUAACCCAUGUUGCAUCCUGUGGGAAUUUUUAAAAAGACCAUGUGAAUAGUCUUCAUACUUAUGGGGGAACCCCAUCCUCCUAAAUGCUUUAGAAACUAGAUGGCCUGUGUAGGGCUUUUAUUAGCUAUAGAUAUUUUCUCAUUACAGACCUCUGUGUUUCUAAUACUGGCCUCUUGCAGGAUAUUCUGUAUUUCCCUGUAUAGAAGAAACUGGGCCAAUUCCAAAGCCUGUGCUUUGCAUGUAUGUACACACUAUUUUUGUCAACAGAAUGCAAUCUGCAGGAUAAGCAAAUGUGUGCAGAUAUGUAUAAUGUCUGUCAGAAUAUUGAAUGUUGGUAUAUAAUUUAGACUUUGGUGCUCCUGUUCUUACCCUGGUUAUGGUGCUGGUUGUUCAAAAUAUGUAAACUACUUUCAUUUGAUUAUGUGCUAAUUCUGACACAUUUUUGUACCUUUUCUACAAUAUGGCAGAGGUUAACCUUGAAUUGUUUCUUAAGCUUGAGUUUCUUGUUCAUCUAGGAAUGCUGCUUUGGAGAAAGCAUGAAACUGAAAAAUUGAUUCUGUGUAAUGUAAGACUUGCUGUCUAUCAGAAUGGAACUUAAGCUGCAUUCUGAACAGGAAACUUUUCCUAAUAAAGUGGGGUAUUUGUCAGGAUAAAGCAAUUGUUGAAAAUGUGUUACAUAACUGGAAGAGAAUAUUAAUCUGGCAUAGAAAGUAGAUAAUACACAGUGACCAUCUGAAGUGUAAAAUUGUAUUGUGAUGCUUGCUUUGCAGUUCAAUAAAUCAAAUUUGCCUCUGCUGGUA